AUGAAGCCUCAAAGGUGCUGGGGUCGCUUGACCCGUCUUCAGCGACUCGGCUGUUCUCCCCUAUGUUUUAGGCCAGCACCUCGUCUCAAUAUCUCCCCAAAUCACUCGCCUAAGUAUCCGGCCCGUUUCAAUGGAACCACCAAUGUCACUGGACCGUUCAAAGGAACAGAUAUCCUCCAAAGAGGAGCGCGGAUAAGAGUCCAGCCAAGGGCCCAGGUCGCAAGCUCAACUGGAACUAGUAGUUUUGCCCCUCAGGGGGGUCAGGGCCCCCAGACGAAAGCCCAAUCCCUCGACGUCCUCCUGCAAGAGCGCAAAUGGCCUCUCAUCGGUGCGGGUUUCAUGGCGCUUGGCAUAGGCCUCUACGUCUCGAUCGUCAUCACCUCCAGCCUCAAAAAGGACCGUGAAGAAAAACAAACUCUGCAAACCCAAAAACCAGUCCGCACCCCCUGCACCUGCACCUCCUCCCUCCCCUCCCUCCAACCAACUCCCUCCGGCCUCCCCGCCAUCCUCCAAGACCCCACAAUCUCCCCGGCCGCCCGGCAUACCAGCGCCAUCUCCUUUGACCGCGGCCUGGACCUGCCCGAGUGGCUGACGGGCAUCAAGAAGCUGCGCAAGGCCAUCGGCGCGACGGUUCGCGGGCAUGUUUUGGAAGUAGCCGUCGGCACGGGGCGGAAUAUCGCGCAUUACGACUGGUCGGAGGUGGUUAUCCCGCCGGGGGAGGACCCUGUUGCGAGGGAGCAGAGGCAGCAGGAGAAGAUUAGGAAGUUGCUGGAUAAGCAUUUGCUGGGGAGGGAUGAUGGGAGUUUGAGCAGUGGAGAGUUGAUGAGUGUGAGGGAGUAUAAGGAGAGGGGAAUUGGCAGUCUGGAUGGGGAGUUGCUCAGCUUUACGGGGGUUGAUGUCUCGGGAGGGAUGUUGGCGGUAGCACGGGACCGGGUGCGGGAGAAUGUGCCGGGUUUGUCGAAGGUGAUGCGUCGGCGCCGCGCCGAGCCGAUGCCUGAGCUGGGGCCGGAGCACACCGAGUCUGAGGUCGUUGUCAACGCGCUGGAUAACCGGAUCAGGCUUGUUCUAGCCGACGCACUGCACGAUCUGCCUGCUCCGGCGGCGCGCGAUGAGCGCACUGGGAAAGUGCCUGAGAAGUACGACACGAUUGUGCAGACAUUCGGGUUGUGCUCGGUGUCUGACCCGUCAGCGCUGCUGGCUAAGAUGGCGGCCAAGGUGCAGCCUGACACGGGGCGGAUCAUCUUGCUGGAGCAUGGUCGUGGUUGGUGGGAUUGGGUUAAUGGGCUGCUGGACAAGUAUGCACCGUCGCACUUUGAGAAGUAUGGGUGCUGGUGGAAUCGAGAUAUCGAAAAGCUGGUACGAGAUGCUGCCGAGGUUGUGCCAGGGCUGGAGGUUGUCAGCCUGACGAGGCCAUUGGUGUUCCAGGCCGGUACAACGCUGUUGAUUGAGCUGAAGGUGAGCAGCCAGAAGGCUAGGAAGGCUCAAUGA